GCUUAUAUAAAAUGUAAGUUUAUUUUUUUAAGAAUUUUUUUUUGUACAUAAUUUAUUUACAGUUUUUAUUUAUAUUUAUAGACAUUACUGCACAUGCGCACUUUUGUGGACCUAACUUAACUUCCGGUAGACUUCCAAAUAGAAUCAAUAACAACAGCCAAGUCCCUCUAGAGUAAUUUUUUUUUUUUUUUUUGAUAACAAACAAAAUAUGUUUGCUGCGUAAAUCAGGUGGACUUAAUGAAAAUGCUAAUUUAUUAUUUCUGAGCAGGAGAUGCAUAAAGCGCAAGAAAUAGAGGUUUCCCCAGUAACUGUUGUAAACAAAGCAGAGCUGGUAUGCUCACACGCUGCUUUAUCAGGCAUAUUACAUGCAAGUCUUCCUUCAGAAAUAGUGAUAUAAAAACACCCGUGCCUCGUUUUGAUAUUUAAACAUCUAAAUGUAAGGAAUUAUUAUUAUUAAACUUAUUAUUAAAGCAGUACGUAUCGUUACUCAUGUUUAUUCAACAAAGCCUUUUUGAAAAUCAAUCAGUUUUAAAAUCGUGGCGAGUCUCCAAAAAUAAAUAAAUGUAUGGGAAACACAUCCCAAAGCACAACCACCUGAGCCCAACUUCAGUCUACUCAUCACCUUAACUUUAACUGUGUUUGUAGAAGGCACCAUAGUCAGACCGAUAUACACAACACAGACCGGAAGGUUAACUUAAGGCCAGGAGCAUGCACCCGAUGAAACCGUCUAUAUUUUAUUUUGUUUUUGUACUACAGCAAGAAAAUUUGAUACAUUUCACCUGUGGACAGUGGCUAGGUAGCUUUAGGUAAAAGCUUUGUCCGCACUGGAGGCCCGUGAGAGACAUUGAUCAGAUGGAAACACUGAAUCACAUGGAUAUUUUAUGUGACAGAUCUCAGGGGCAAAGGUGGAUACUGGCCUCGCUUCACAUGUGUGUGCAUUCAGGAGAGACGGAAGCCUGCUGGGAGCGUCUUUAAUAACCAGAGAUGUGCCACUUAACAAGUGAUUUCACAACUACAGAUCCGACACCUGGCUCUGGUUCCUGUGGAUGCCUGUCCUCUCCAGCUGACUGAAAAUGGCAAAGAAAGACUAUCUGCUAGAUGCAGCCCAACAGAUUCGAAUGGCACUGGACCGAGAAGUCAAUGAAGACUAUGAGGCGGCAUUCAGCUACUAUAAGAAUGGGGUUGAUCUGCUGCUCAAUGGAGUUCAAGUGGAUCCAAAUAAAGAGAGACGUGAAGCCGUGAAACGGAAGACCACUCAAUAUCUGAAGAGAGCCGAGGAGAUCUUCAUCUCUUACUUACAGGACAACAUUGCUAAAGGAUCCACUCAUUUAGGAGGUUAUAGUAGCUUGCGCUUUCGAUCAAUCAGACAUCUAAGUUCACCAGUGGAGAAUCUAGCAAAGUGCAAAGUCGUUGGAAUCAUUGAUAAGGUACUGACGGUUGAAAGUCUGACAAGCAAGGAGACAUUUAUCGUUAAGAGUUUACCAAAGUCGAGCUGGGAGAGUCGUGAGAGGUCGACCAUCAUUCCUCAGGGAGUGCCCUUCAUGGUGAAGCUGCUAAAAUAUUACGUCAGUGAAGACACUGUGUUCCUUCAUCUAGAACAUAUUCAAGGUGGAAGACUCUUUUCCAGACUCCACAGGGUCAGAAGUGAAGCAGUCAGGGAGCAUCCAGAGUGCUUCAGCCCCAACCAGCACAAAAUCUAUCUGAAGAAUAGCUACACCCUCCCUGCUCUCCGUCAGGAGAUUUACCUCAAUGAGAAUUAUGGGAGAAUUAAACCUCUUGAGAGUACAGGCAGCCCAACUAAACAUUGUCUUGAGAACUGUACAACUCACUCCUACUGUGAAGAUUCAGGACACCAACAGGGGGGUUCUCUAGGUUUGUAUGCAACAAGGACACAUAAUGAGCUUCCUUCUGUUGGUCUGCCCAAUGGUCUCAAGUCUUUAACUCAGGAUAAUAUUCCUCUUCCCAUUCAUCCCUGUGUGAUUGUGGACACCCGGGAUCCUCUUGAUGUCACUUCGGACCUUCUAGGAAAUGAUGUUCGCAUUGAGCGCAUUGACUCCUGCAUAGAUCUGAACAAAGCUUGGAAUGCUUUGGAACCUGCUCAGGACUGUCUGAGUUUCACAGUACCAGAAUCAAACUCAGAUAUUCUAGGAUUCAGCAUUGCAUCUCAGAUUACUACAGCCUCUUUAUUUGGUGAAAAUGCACAACCAACCCUUUGCAGCACGGUUGAUGUUCUUCCACAGAGAGUGCGAAUAGUUCCCAACACGUCACAUUUACCUCCACAAAACCAAGCAUGUGAUGGAUUUCCUCAAAAACAAGGUGUCACUAACUGUAAACACAGUGGAAAUGAACAGAUUUCACAGUUCAUGGCUGAACUGAGCAAAGUCAGUUCGCAUCGCAAUCCAUUUGAAUGUACACCUCAAAAACAAGAAAGUAUCUCUUUAGACUUUACAAAGAUGACUUCUCGGGUAAACACUGUUGAAAUGGUGAGGGAGGUUGGGAAUGAGGACAUGGAGAACUGGCAGUUCUUCAAAUCUUCAUCUAAACAACCACAAGUUGGCAUGAUCUCCCGCCUGUCAGCACCUACCACAAACAGUUCCUGUUGGAGUGAGACUGAACUAGAGCAGAAGGUAAAGGUGGACGGCUUGGGCCAUCACCCCCAAAUUAAGGUCAAGAACUUCAUUGCCAAAUCGAAGUGGGGUAGAUGGGGACUCCCUGAGGAUGAGGUGCGACUGUGGGGGGCUCAGAUUCUGUUAGCUUUGGAAAGUCUUCAUGAGCAGGGCAUUGUGUGCCAGGACCUCAACCCACGAAAUAUUCUACUCCGUAAUAGUGGGGAGGCAUGUCUUACGUACUUUGGACUGUGGACAGAAGUUCAGCCCGAAAUUAACCCAAAAGCAAUGGAAGAGAUGUACUGUGCACCAGAAAUUGGAGGUGCGUCGAAAAUCACUGAGGCGUGUGAUUGGUGGAGUCUUGGAGCUUUACUAUAUGAGCUUCUUACUGGCACGCCCCUGUGGCAGUGCCACCCUACAGGCGUUCAGCCUCAUACUCCGCUCCAUAUCCCAGAGUUCCUCAGCACUGCAGCCGCUUCGCUUCUCACAGAGCUGCUCCAGUUUGAUGCGUGUUAUCGUCUGGGAUCAGGAGGCGGUGGAGUGAGCGACAUCAAGUGUCAUCCCUUCUUUAACUCCAUCCCGUGGCUUACACUCGACAGUUCACUGACGCCGUAGUGCCUUCUGAAAGUAUUCAUCCCCUCUGUUUGUUUCUGCCUGCCACACCUCCAGAUAUUAAAGACGAGCACAGGUUUUCAUUCUGAGUCUGAAUUUCCCCUCUUUUUUUUUCAAGAGCACAUUUAUGAAUGUUUACCACCCUGAAAAUAUUUCACAAUGUUGUGAAUCUUUAUUUGGCCGUAAUGCAUAAUCCAUAAUAUGUUAAUCCGAACACGAACUAAGAGUUUUUUGAAAGUGCAGAUAUCAAGAUUUCAUUUUCAGCAUCACUUGUGGAAGUGUAAAACAACUAUAUUUUAAUUUGAUGGGCAGAAACAAUGAAAGUGGGUGAAUCUUUCGAGAAGCUCUGAAAGAUCACACAGAGUUAAAAAGUCCCAAAGACCUCUGGACAGGAGGAUCUGUGGUUCAUUGUUGUGCUAUUACCACCAUCUGGUGGCAGCAGGAGUAAUUUCUCCACAUCAGCAGUUUUCUACAUGCUUGCAGUUAAAUCAGUUGUCUUCAAAUGUCUGGAAAAUGAAGUUCUUUGUCCCAGUUUUCCUCACUUCGUACAGAAAUUGACCUGCAUGAAGCUGCAGAAAGCAGACGGGUCGAUCGGCGCACAUUUGGGGCAUUAUUACUUUGCACAAAUGCAAUAUUAAUGAACACCAGUCAUGUGUUCUGUCAUCUCCAUUUCUUAUGCAUUUGCAUUUAAUAAAAUCACUCAUUUCUUACUA